AGCUGCCACCCCCUGAGUCCCCUGAAAAGGCCACUGUAAGAUUUCCACAGUGCUGCUUUAACAGGAACAUUACCGCUAUGGCCUCAGCAAUGCCCUUGGCAAUGAUGUGGGAGGAGGUCACGUGCUCUAUCUGCCUGGACCCCAUAAUGGAGCCUGUGAGCAUUGAAUGUGGCCACAGCUUCUGCAAAGAAUGCAUCUCUGAGGUUGGGAAAGAUGGGGGCAGUGUCUGUCCUGUGUGCCGGCACAAAUUCAUGCUCAGGCACCUCCGACCCAAUCGGCAGCUAGCCAACAUGGUGGACAACCUUAGAAAAAUCAGCCAGGGUGCCAAGGAGGGCACACAGGAGGAGUGGUGUGGGGUGCAUGGAGAGAAACUUCACCUGUACUGUGAGGAAGACGGAAAGGCCCUUUGCUUGGUGUGUUCCCAGUCCCGGAAACACCGUGACCACCCCGUGGUCCCUAUUGAGGAGGCUGCUCAGGAGUACCAGGAGAAGCUCCAGCUGGCAUUAGGGAAACUGAGAACAGAACAGGAGUUGGCUGAGAAGUUGGAAGUGGAUGUUGCAAUGAAGCGAGCAGAUUGGAAGAGGAAGGUUGAGACACACAAAUUGAGGAUUCACACAGAGUUUAUGCAGCAGAAAAACUUCCUGGCUGAAGAGGAACAGAGGCAACUGCAGAAGCUGGAGAAGGAAGAGAGGGAACAGCUGAGAAUCCUGGGGGAGACAGAGGCCGAGCUGACCCAGCAGAGCCAGGUCCUGCAGGAGCUGAUCUCAGAGCUGGAAAGGAGGAGUCGGGGCUCAGCACUGGAGCUGCUGCAGGAGGUGAAAAGCGUCCUGGAAAGGAGUGAGUCUUGGAACCUGAAAACGCUGGACAUUGUCUCCCCAGACCUGAGGAAUGUGUGCCACGUGCCAGGGCUGAAGAGCAUGCUGAGGACCUGUGGAGUUCACAUCACUCUGGAUCCACAGACAGCCAAUCCACGGCUCAUCCUUUCAGAGGACAGGAGACAAGUGAGGCUUGGAGACACCCAGCAGAAAGUGCCUGAAAAGGAGGAGAGAUUUGAUACUUAUCCCAUGGUCCUGGGUGCCCAGCACUUCGACUCUGGAAAACUUUACUGGGAGGUAGAUGUGACAGGAAAGGAGGCCUGGGACCUGGGGGUUUGUAGAGACUCUGUGCAAAGGAAGGGAUAUUUUUUGCUUAGCCCCGAGAAUGGCUUCUGGACAAUUUGGCUGUUUAACAAACAAAAAUAUAAGGCUGGCACCUGCCCUGUGACUCCCCUCCACCUUCAGGUGCCUCCACGCCAAAUUGGGAUCUUCCUGGACUAUGAGGCCAGCACUGUCUCCUUCUAUAACAUCACUGACCAUGGCUCUCUCAUCUACACCUUCUCUGAAUGUGCCUUCGCUGGACCUCUGCGGCCCUUCUUCAAUCCUGGUUUCAAUGAUGGAGGGAAAAAUGCGGCCCCUCUAACCCUCUGUCCACUAACGAUGGGAUGGUAGUGAUCCACUGUUGAUGGCUUUCUCUGGAUACCAACACUCCCUCUGUUGGUACCCCUACUCAGCCACUGACCCUGCCUCAUUUUCACCUGAAUUCCGAACCAUCUUUGUCUCUCCAGAGGUGUCAAGAUACCAGCAAGCAGACUUUGGCAAGGAGGUCACUGAAAGUCUAUGUCAAAUGAACUUCAACAUCAAUAUUCCUGCCCUAGAUUGCCUUAUGAUUCUCUCCAUGAAAGAAACUACUUAUAUUUAGCCCAAACUCAUCCAGAUCAACCAAAACAUUUUUCUACCUUCUUUAUGUGACUCAAGUUUUGUUUUCUCCUCUCCUUCGCUAGGCCUGUGGUCAGAUCUCUAUUAUCUAUCUUGCAUUGUUUGCAGAAGGGCUUCCUAAAUAAAUAGGGCCUCCAUCUAUCUCAUUCAAUCCUUGUUCUCAUUGUUCUUGUACACAUCUAGGAGUAUCUUUCCAGCAUAUGCACAUCUGAUCAUAAGUGGCUCCACACUGCCUAUAGAAAAGUAGCCAUACUUUUUAAAUAAAGGCUGAAUUAUGCAGAACUUAGAUUGCCAUGUUAAAUAUCCAGCCUGCUAUGCCUCCCCCAUUGCCACCAUUGUCUCCCAACCACAUCCUGUUGAUAAUGGAGUUGGUUAAAGGGCAUAUCAAUCUAAAUGAUGUGAUGGUUUUCUGAUGUGUCACCCUGGCUAGGCUAUAAGCCCGAGUUUUUCAAUCAAACUCAUCUAGAUGUUGCUGUGAAGGUUUUUGUAGAUGCUUUUAAAGUCCAUAAUCAUUUGACUUUAAGUAAGGGAGACUGAAUUAGGCCCACCUAGCUUGUCUACGACAAUGCAGUGAAAGGCCAUAAGAGCAGAACUGAGGCCUCCACCUAUGAAUAGCUGCUUCAGCUCCUGCCUGAAAGUUCCAGCUUGCCCUUCCUGAUGGCCUGCCUCAGAUUUAGGACUUGCCUUGCCAGCCCCUGCAGUUGUGUAACCAUAUUCCUUGCAAUAAAUCUCUUAAUAUUUA